GGUUAGACGAGCUGCUGUUGUUCUUCACACAAAGAGAAAGAGCCCGGACUGAAACACUAAACAUUAAAACAUGAACGGUUUAACGCAUUUAAAGCUCAUUAUCUCUCAUUAAAAAGAGAUAUUGUUUAUGGCUCAGUUAUUAUUGUGAGGAAUGUCCGAGCAGCGAGAGAAAUUCAUCCAGAACUGCGCAGUCAUAGUUUAAUGGGAGCGGUGACCUGAGCAGAUAUGGCAACGGACGACAAGGUUGCCAUCCUGUCAGACGACGAGGAGGAGCAGAAGAGGAAGUAUGUGUUGGCCGAGCCGUUCAACACCUUGACCAUGGAGCAGCAGCAGGCGGGUGCGUCUGCUCCGCCCGCGGUCGCCCCCGACCCCAACGCCCCACCCGAGCAAGCAUCGCCCACCUCCAUCGACUGCUGCGAGAGGAUGUGCCUCCGCAUUAACAGCCAUCUCCUCAUCUCCAAAGUCUUCUACUUCUUCUUCUACGCUGCCUACGGCUCGCUGCACCCUCUGCUGCCGGUCUACUACAAGCAGCUCGGCAUGUCGGCUAGCCGCAGCGGGCUUCUCGUCGGCAUCCGCUACUUCAUCGAGUUCUGCAGCGCCCCCUUCUGGGGUGUGGUGGCCGACCGCUUCCAGAAGGGGAAGGCGGUGCUGCUGUUCUCCGUGUUUUGCUGGCUUGUGUUCAACAGCGGGAUCGGUUUCGUCAAACCCGCGGAGAUGACGUGCGAGGAGAAGAAUCCUGUUCCCGCGACGACGCUUGCGUCCCACGUGACGCACGGUAACGUCACGCCCACGCAGCCGAGCAACUCCACCCACCACGCCAGGAACCGACGCAGCUUCCACGACCUCUUCGAACUCCUAGACUCUUACGUCAUCGCGCUCCCUAGGCACCGGCGAAGCGCGGAUGCCAACGUGACAUCACCCCCCUCCAAUGUGACGACACCUCCCUCUAAGGUGACAUCUAAGGUGACAUCGUCCCCCUCUAAGGUGACAUCGCCUCCCACUAAGGUGACGUCAUCCCGCGUCAAGCCGGCUAACACGACCCGGCUCAAGCCAAACACCACCACCGCCAAAACAACCACCAAAACCACCACCUCCUCCCCUGCUCCGACCAAACCAAAGCUGUACCAGAUCAUCUACAACCAGGACCAAGUGGAGACCAACUUCCUUCUCAUUCUGCUCGUCAUCAUCGUCGGCGAGUUCUUCAGCGCCCCCGCCGUCACCAUCGUGGACACCGUCACCCUGCAGUACCUUGGCAAAGCUCGCGACCGCUACGGCCUCCAGAGGAUGUGGGGUUCUCUUGGUUGGGGUCUCGCCAUGCUGCUGGUGGGCAUCUGGAUCGAUCACACGCACAUCACCGUCGUGCUGGACGGUGUUGGCUGCAUCCUACCCGACUACCGCCUCCACAACUACAAGAUUGCCUUCAUCGUUUUCGGCGUGCUCAUGGGUGUGGCUUUCAUCGUCGCCACUCAGUUCUACUUCGAGAAAGGCGGCGAAUACCGGCAGGAGCUCGCAGAAGGGGCGUUGGAGGAGUCGGGGGGUCCUCGGGCGUUACCUGAGUCGGGCUCUUCGGAUCAGACUCCCAUCGGCGCUCAGGAGUUCCACUACAGCGACCUUCUGAAGCUUUUGUGCACCGUGCGCUACAGCUCCGUCCUGUUCGUCGCCUGGUUCAUGGGCUUCGGUUACGGCUUCGUCUUCACCUUCCUGUACUGGCACCUAGAGGACCUGAAGGGGACGUACACGCUGUUCGGGAUCUGCUCCGUGCUGAGCCAUGUCUCCGAGCUCGCCGCCUACUUCACCAGCCACAAGUUCAUCGAGCUGGUCGGACACGUCAGAGUGCUGUACAUCGGCCUGGCCUGCAACACGGCGCGUUACCUGUACAUCUCCUACCUGACCAACGCCUGGACCGUGCUGCCUAUGGAGGUCCUUCAAGGUGUGACCCACGCCUCAGUUUGGGCAGCCUGUAUCUCCUACCUGAGCGCUGCUGUCCCGCCGGCCCUGAGGACGUCUGCGCAGGGCAUCCUGCAGGGCCUGCACCUCGGCUUGGGCCGCGGCUGUGGAGCCAUGGUGGGAGGAGUGUUUGUCAGCUACUUCGGUGCUGCAGAGACGUUCAGAGGCAUCGGCAUGGCCUCCCUCGUAAUCCUCCUCAUCUUCUCCUUCAUCCAGUGUCUGAGCGGCGAGAGCGAGGGGAAAGAGGAUAAAAUGUUGGCGGAGAACAUCCCCGUCCCGUCCAGCCCGGUCCCCAUCGCCACCAUCGACCUGGUCCAGAGCCAGACUCCUCAAGGAUCCGCCGUGUUGCCCAUCAAGAAGACGAAGCACCAGGAGGAUCAGGAGGACGUGACCCGGCCCGCCUGGGUGCUCUCUGGCGCCCCCUGGGUCACCAUCGCUUUCGCCAUCGUCCAGAUCAGAGAGAUGAUGAUCAUGGCGAAGAGUGGAGGGCCGCCGGCGGAGAAUCAACCGCUGCAGAUAUCCAGUGAGCGAGCGUCUGCUGAUUACGAAGCGGUGGAGACGUCGCACGGAAACCCCAACGUUGACCCCACCCGGCCUGCACCCACAGACUCUAACAACGAGGACGACAAACACCAAACGCACCCGGCAGGAGGACCCAAAGAAAACCCCGCCUUCACAGCAGAAAGCACGGGCUGAUUUCAAUUUACACACGCAGAGAGCUUUAAAAUCAGUGUGCGAAUAAUAUCCAUCUUAACAGGUCUUUACAGUUUCAUUAAUGACGGAAACUCUCUAGAAAUGAGACAAAAUAUGGAUUAUUUUUAGUAAAAAUCAGCUUUAAAUGAGGCAGUAAUGUCCCAAAAAAAGUGCUGAACGUUUUUUAAGACUCAUACCUGUUUCUAUGGAUAUUGUUUUUGCAACUAUUUUGGAGGUAGGGGCGUGUUUGAAGGUUUUUUGAGCAUAAUGCACUAUAUUAACUAAUGUUCCCUUUACCGGUGGAGCGUGAAGGAAAGAAAAAACCUUCAAAAUGUAAAACGUGCCUCUCUUAUUUGCUUAUUUAUACACGUAACGGGGGGAAAAAGUGAUGAAAUCUGAUGAAGAUGGUGAUUUAAUUUACUGUAAAGUGUUCAAAGAUGCAAAGAAAUGGUCGACGGCACAGAUCGAAGGCGUUAAAAAAGCAUUAUUUAGAAAAAUUUGUCAGCAAAUGAGAUUAUAUUUAAUACUGUAAAACAACAUAGUAAAGAAAAUGUUAAAUUAUUCCACUACAGUCGGUUUUAUGUUGAUUUAACCUUCGUGUCGUCCUCCCGGGUCAAAUUGACCCCGUCUGUUUUGACUGUUCCUUCUUUCCUCCCUUCCUUCCUUCCGUCUGUCCUUCUUUCCUCCCUCCUUCUCUCUUUCUUUCCUUCCUCUCUCUUUCCAUCCUCCAUUCCCCUUUCUUCCUUCCUUCCUUCCUUCCUCCCUCCCUCCUUCUUUCCUUCCCUCCUUCCUUCCUUUCUUUCCUCCCUCCCUCCCUCCCUCCCUCCCUCCCUCCCUCCCUCCCUCCCUCCUUCUCUCUUACUUUCCUCCCCCCUACCUUCCUCCCUUCCUUCUUUCCUAUGUCCUUUCCUUCCUUCCUCCCUUCCUCUUUUCCUUUCUCCCUCCUACCUUCCUUCUUCCUCCCUUCCAUCCUUCCUCCUUUCCUUCCAUCCUUCCUUCCUUCCUUCCUACCUCCCUUCCUACCUCCUUUCCUUCCUUCUUCCUUCCUCCCUCCUUUCCACCCUUCUUUCUCCCUUCCUUCCUUCUUCCCUUUCUUCCUUCCUUCCUCCCUCCCUUCCUCCCUUGACUCAAGGACAACAGGAGGGUUAAAUGUGUUUUUUUUACACUGGAGGAUGAGGGUCAGCGCUUUCAACCACAUGAUACUCUUCAGCUCCAUCGUGUCUGAAUUGUACAUGUUAAAAUUUACAUUCCUCAGAGCUUCUGACACUUAGAAACUACUUUCUACUUUUCAGAUGUAAGAUUUUUACAUAAAGGAACAUACAAUAAGCUUAUAUACUGUAACACAUAUAUAAUGCUGCCAGUGCUUUAUAAUAUCAUUAAAGUUAAAAACUAGUAAGAAGCAGAUGAAUCAUUAGCAGCUGUAAGCCAGAAAAUGACACAACUGAGACUGAUUUCUUCUUAAAUUAGCAAAAGAAAUACAGAUAUGACUUCUGAAAUUAGUGUAUUAUUAUUAUUGUUGAGAGAGUGACGUUAGUGUAAUUUCUGCACAAGUAGCGUCAUUAAUGUUAUUAUUAUUAUUCAGCUUUUGUUUUGUCUUUGCCAAAUUCUCCAUCAUCAUUUCCUCUCAGCUCUGUAGCACUUUUGUUUAUAUGAAACCACUGUAAUACUUCAGAAGAGCAGAGAUGUGCAAAAAAAAAACAACUUUGAAUUUGAGUAGUUUUCAAAGCUCUUCAGAUUUUCUCACUUCUUCCAAGAUAAUAAUAUAGGGGAAAAAAAGCUCUUUGAAGACUCAGCUGGAGAUAAAACUUCUUGCUGAGACGGACGAUUGUUUGCUGCAUAUUUUGUAUAAUUUAGUGAAGAAUUUGUGAAGAAGAAGAAGUGCCUCCUCAUCAUCAUUACUGUAAUAUCUUCUUAUCAUUAAACGUCAAAGCAAGGAUCCCUUUAUAUAAACUCCUACAGGACGAUCUGACACUUUCAACACUGCAUACAAAAACUAUUUUUGUAUAGAAGCUGCCGAAUGGAAGGCGUCACACUGUAUUUUCCCGCCUUUUCUUUUCCAUUUUCAUGCCAAAUAAUUCCCAGUUUUCAGUGUUUUUUGCAGCCUCAGAAACUGAAUUUCAUUUCGGCCGUCGACGGAGAUGAAAUUCUUCUGUUUGGAGGUUUUAAUUAAGUAGAUAAACAAAGUGUAAAGAAGUGAUCAGGUUAUAUUUAGCCUGUAUUUUCUGUCUAUGAGGUAAAAGGAGGAAACUCAGUGAUGAAGGCCAAUAUCAGCUCUUUAACACAGUAUCCGUGUAAUAUUGAUCAUAUUGGUAAAAAUACUAUUAAAAGCGUGUUGUGUAUUU